AUGGCUGUGAACAUACGACAAAAUAUACCGAAGGAUUCAAUCCUAUAUAUUAAUGACAUCAAUUCCUCGGCAUGCGAGCGCUUCAAAGCCCAAUACAGCAACCAUGGACCUAUCGAAAUAGUGUCGACCGCGCGUGAAGCAGCAGAGAAUGCCAAAAUACUAAUCUCAAUAGUACCAGGCGCUAUAGACGUAAAGAAAGUUUACUUGGACGAGAACACUGGUGUCAUUGCGGCGAGGAAGGACGACGAGAGGUUGUUCUUAGAGUGUAGUACGAUCGACGUAGAGAGUACGAGAGAAGUAGGGAAGACGUUGUUGGAAAAGGGUAUGGGAACAUACAUCGACACGCCAGUAUCUGGCGGUGUCCCAGCCGCCGAACGGGGUGAUCUUAGCAUGCUCAUCGGCUAUCCUCCGCCAUCAGACUCAAACCCAACCUCCCGUCGCCUCCGGUAUGUUCUCGCUCUAAUUGGCACUCCGUCAAAGUUCUUCUACCUACACACCCUUGGCGCCGGCCUCACCGCUAAAAUCGCAAACAACUACCUUUCCGGCACCAUUCUCCUAGCGACAGCCGAAGCCCUCGCCAUGGGUGUUAAACACGGCCUGGAUCCUACGGCCCUGUACUCUGUCAUUAAGAAUAGCACAGGUCAGAGUUGGAUGUGCGAUCAUGUUCUGCCGAUUCCAAAUGUGCAGACGGAGUAUUGGGUGCCGAGCAACAGUGGGUACAAGCCCGGUUUCAAAACGCAAAUGAUGCUCAAGGACUUGGGCUUGGGGAUAGAAAGUGCGAAGCAGGUUGGUGUUGCCCCAACCAUGGCGGAGGCGGCCUUGGGUGUUUGGGAGAAUGCGAGCAGGGAUGAGAGAUGUCUAGAUAGGGAUGGAAGUAGUAUUUAUCUGCACGUUGGGGGUAUUUUGCCCGAGGGGUUCGAAGAUACUGGGAAGAAGAAGGAAGAUGGGACAUGGGAGUUUGCAUAG